UAUAUUCCAUUUCGCAGCCAAACUUAUUUUAAGAUUCUUUCCGGACGGUGCCGCGAGUGAAAAGUGAUAAUUUUUUACUUUUAUUUUGUCUUGUGAAAAAAUUAGAUUCUAAAUCGUUUCAAAUAUGUCCGGAAGAACCCUCCUCAGUCGUCCCCGGACUCGCAUCUACGAUUCCAACUACAACAUUGGAGAAAGCUACUACAAAUCCGCUCUGGAUCGUCUGGAUCGCAAAUAUUCUGGUCGUCCCUUAUCGCCCCCUAGGCAAUCAUCCCCUGCUGCAAACGACGCAGCUGAUCGCCAUGCCAGAGUUUUCGGUGAAGAUGAUCUUGAGGACUCCAGACGUAGAGCCAGCAGCAGAAUUAAGGAAAGUAAUUUGUUUGAUUCUAGAGGUGCUAUAUUGAGACGUGGGAGUGAUUUUUUUGGAGAAGAUGGAAUCACUGACGAGACCGCCUCAACUUUGAAAAGGAUCAGAGCUUCCAAAAAAGUGUCAUACGUCGACGAUGUAGAUCUAGAGAGUACCACUAACAACCUCAGAACUCAACGAUUAUUGGACAGAUCAGAAAAAAUCUUAGACAGCAUUGGCAUCAAUGAGAGCUCAGCAAGCAAACGCGCUUUGGACAACGAAUUUUCUUAUCAAAAGAGAUCCAUGAAAAUGUCUUAUGACGCGGACGCAGACAACCUAACAAAAUGGGCCCCAAUUGAAAAUGGAGAAUCGAAUGUUAGCGCUGCAGCACGCAGAGCUCGUCAGUCUCGUGCUAGAAUAGAUGAUAUCGAUGAUGAAAUGGCCGCUAUGCAAGAAAAACAAGCAGUGAGGGAACGUAGAGUUGCUAGGUUGAAGCAAAUGGUAGCAGAAUGUGACUCAGAAACAGUAGACGACAGCGGCGUCUCCUCUCUGUCCAUCACAGAAAAGAAAGUUCGAUUCUGAAAACUGCCGAACACUGACAAUAAUUAAUAUCGGUAGUUGACAAGACAUAUUUUUUUUCUUUGUUUAUUAUUAUUUUAUAUAUUUUUAGUUCUUAAAACUACCAAUUUAUUCACUUGUUAAUUUAUCAAUUUAGAUUUAUUUACUGUUAUUUUAUUGUAAUCAAUUAUAAUUUGUGCAUUUUGAUUGCUGAGGGUAUUUUAAUAUGUUAAGAGGAUGGCACUAAUACCCGUAUUGUAAUAUAUUAUUGGAAAUAAACCAAAAAUUGUUUUGUGUUUUAGGAAGGUAUCAAUAA